AUGAACUUAAAAUUCAAUGUUUUCACUAGUAAUCCAAGUCCUGUGAACAGCGGACAGCACUGUACGGGGGAGUCAACCCAAACCAGUGAUUGCAGUGUUAUAUGUAAUCCAAUUCAUGGCUCGUGGACUUCUUGGAGCAGUUGGUCCACCUGUUCCCACGAGUGCUCACAAGUGAGACGUCGUAUUUGCAGUAAUCCUCCGCCAAAACACGGCGGACAGCACUGUAUUGGACACGACUUUUUGAUUAAGAACUGCACCGGAGGAAUGUGCAGAAAGUUGGUUUCCUAUCGGAAGCACUUUCUCACGGCUCUAAUGUUCGGAAGCUUUUAUCCCAACAUAUAA